AUGAAAUUGUUUGAUCGCUGGCUCUCGUUGCCCUACAAUGACUAUAUAGAGAUCCGAAGAAGCUCAUCGCUGCAAUUUCCGAUGGAAUCCGAGCACUGUAUGCCGUUGCCGACUUCGCACACGCAGAUUGAUCUGCUGAACACAAAAACGGCGACGAUCUCAAGUUCGAUGUACACGCUGACGCAAAUCUCUGAGAGUGCCAGCGCGAUGAACUUGUACACGAUUAUGGCAAGAUAUCGAUGCUGUUUCGGGUUUUGUCGGCUCCGGGUGGGCGGUUGUGUGAUCGCCGCGUUCUCGAUUUGCAUGUCGGUGAUAACUUUAUGCCUCAUUCUCUCAUUGGCUCAUCAAUUAACGAAAGGUUUUCAAGAUAUCUUUCUACUGCCACUCGUUUGCACAUCGUUAUUUCAAGUGGCCUCAGCGAUGAGUCUAAUCGUCGGGAUUCUCAUCGAGAAUCAUCUCCUCAUUUUACCCUUCAUCGCCAAUAUUAUCAUUCAAAUUCUGCUCCACAUGGCCUUAACAAUCAUUUUUCUCAUUACUUCAAAUCAUUCGGAUAAUAUAAUCUACCCACUUUUGGCUUUCUUCUCGAUUUUCAUCGUCGCUCUUUAUGUUUGGUUUAUGGCAUUGACAGCGAUGACAUUUGUGUUGAUCAGGGAUAAGAAAAGAUUUAAAUGGGAACUCGACGAGAAUUUCGCGAAUGCUCAACAAAAACCGAUGGAUCGAAUCGAGCUUGACGACAAAUUGGCCGGCUUUCCAAGCAAAGAGGAAUACAUGAAUUUGAGCUUUGAAGAUGAGAGUCAAAUCGAAUCGUUUUUCCUCCAGCAAAUCCCAUCGGAAACCGAUCCACGAAAUCAUCUCAUCACGAACAAAGCCGGUCAAAAGUUCCUUUGUCAAUUGCCGGACAGUGAAAUGGUUAAUAUCGAAAAAGGGGAGAUAAAUGACGAGAGUUUACACCCAAAAUUCGUAAACGAGAUCGUUAGCCAAAACGGCUGGUGGGAUUACGAGUUCUGUCAUGGGAAAAAGAUCACCCAAAGUCAUUCAACGAAAGGAAUUCAAACCGGCUCUUUAUGUCAUCUUGCUGAAUUCAUCCCGAGCGAUGACCUCGUCGCACCACUUGGGAUCAAAUGUUCACCCUACAUUGAUCAAGAAAAGACAAAACACGAGGAACGGCGAAAUUUUCGACUUCAACGUCGAAUCAACUCACAAAUCAGAGUAUUAAAUCGUGAACUUUUGAAUGCUCUCUACAUGAAAGUGGAAGGUGAAAAGCUCGAUGAGAAGAACUUUCGGAAAAUCGAAUCCCUGACGAAACUCAGCGAGGUCGUUGUGGAAAGGGAAAUAUACGAACUGUUCAAGGAUCAGGAUAAAGGGAACUUCUACUACUACUUGAUGGAUCGAGAAUGGCCAAAAGAUGAAUAUCCGAGAGCGCUCGAUUAUGUUGAUUUUCUGAAUGGAUAUCACGUUGAGAUCGAGGAAUUGGCAGCUCUAGCUGGCACUGAAGAAGAUGCUGAACUGAUUCGUUUGUUCUCGAAACUCGAUCCAAAUCUUUGGGAAUGCAAUCUGUUUGUCAAUGAAGAGCAGAUGUUGGAAAAACUAGUCGAGAAUCUGCCGGCUUGGUUCCCAAAAAUGAGCGCGAAAGCGAUAUUUGAGAACGCCGGAAAGGGGGAUUUUAUGAGAAAGUUAGUCGAUCGCUACUACCUAUCAAUCAUCGAGAAUGAGGAUUUCUAUCACGAGGGUUUUAAUUUCCAUCUAAAUGAGGAUCUGGUUGAUUCAAUUUCACAUUAUGUUUUGAUUGUUUGGAGUGAAAACCCAAACGCUGUGGAUGUGCUUGGACGUGCUUUCGAUCCGGAUGAGGUUGAAUUGGCUGAGACAAUGGAUUGGCAUGAAUAUUAUGAGUACAUCGAGGGAACUCUAAUGCCCGGGAAGCGACACAGCAUUCGCCAUGAUCAAGAACAGUUACUCAUUGCGCGAGCUCAAAAUCUUCGCCAAACCAUUUUUGAAGAGAUUUGGGCACAGAAAAAGGAGGAGAUCACGGAAAGCUGGAGGGAAAAACUGCUAUUAGAGCUGCUCGACGAAUUGGAAAAAUUGAGUGACACAGUUGCUGAAGAGAUUGACAAGAGAAGGCUAGCGGAACUCUAUCAGAAUGAGGACAAAGUGGAAUUGGUGAAGAUGUUGACGGAGAAAAUAAUUGAAGAUGAAUUCCAGAAGAUCAUCGAACUCUAUGAAAUAUUCACUGAAGAAGAGGUGAGUGAU